GACUGUAUAACUGCAACGUAUUUUGAGUUUUUAUACUUAUAGAUGUUUGUUAGACUGUUUUUUAACAAAGUAACUAGUUUUAAUGCAAAUAGUAUUAAAAAAAAUGUGAUAAACACCAAAUGGAAAAUUUGGUUCAAACCUCAACUCACAAAAUUUCGACAACUUUCUGAAAAAUCUGGAGAACUCCCAAAAGCUUUUCUGUUGUACCACUACAAAGACUUCCCUAUCAACUAUGCACGAGCUUCAGUUGUUGCAGGGGUAACAAGCUUUUUAACAUGUGCAGCCAUGGUCAGUGAGAUGCACAAAUACCCUGAUGAUGUACAAAGCGAAAUUGACGAUCGAAAAGUAAAAGGUCCAUUCAAUAUAUAUGGUGGUGCUAAUGCUUACAUACUGCCUCCAGUUUGCAUCUUACUGUCUAUUGGCCUCUGGUAUGGUGUAUCAAGAAUAUGUACCAGCCUUCUGAAGAAAGUUUUGGUUUCCACAGACAGAAAAGUAGUGACACUAGUUACUUAUAGUCUCUUAAGAAAAGAACAUGCAUUUUCUGUACCUGCCCGGCUGGUUACUUUAAAAGGCGAAAGGCAAGUGGCAGUCAACGCUCCUGGAAGAAAUUCAAAACACUGGAUAUCCGUAGAAGGCACAAUUACUAACAAAGCUUUAUUUGAAUCUGUAAUGGGUGUUUACAAAGGUCCCAAAAUUGAUAUUUAAACCAAAUUGGCAGUUAUUUUAUUUGUUUUUUUUUGUAAAUCCACCAAUAAUUUUAUUUGACAUCUAUUCUGGCAACAAUGUGAUAUGGAAUUUUUAUUAAAUUGUGGUAUCAAAAACUACUAAAUAGGACAACCAUUUUAGGUUGAAUCU